AUGUCUGAAAAAUCGUGGUACAUCCCCGAAGACGCCAUCACCGACUGGUCCGCCACCCCCCUUGCAACCGGCGGCUUCGGCGAGGUCUACACCGCCUCGUAUUACGGCGCCCCUGUCGCCGUCAAGCAGCUCUUCUGCGGCUACAACCAGAGCGAGCUGGUCGACUUUGGCCGUGAGAUCGGCAUCUGGCACAAGCUCAACCACCCCCAUGUCCUUCCCCUCCUCGGCGCCUGCGACACUGCAGUGAGGCCCUUCAUGGUCUCGCCACUCAUGCCCAACGGCACCCUGCACAGCUACAUCUCUGGCACCGCCAAUCCCCGGCCGCUCGGCGAGAAGAUCCGGCUCCUGUAUCAAGUUGCCUCUGGUAUGACCUAUCUCCACGGCAAGAACAUUGUCCACGGCGACCUCAAGUCCCUCAAUGUGCUGCUCGAUGGCUCCUUCAAUGCCGUCGUGACUGACUUUGGCAUGUCCCGCACCAAGCACACUUCGGCCACCGCCAACCGCACCCGCCGCGACCAGUCUACCGGCGGCACCCUCGACUACAUGGCCCCCGAAAUGCUCGACGACGAGCAACCGACCGGCUCCUCGAGAGCCACCGAUGUCUAUGCCUUUGGCAUCACCAUGUACGUGGUGCUCAACAACGGCAAGCCCAUCUGGGUCACCGUCGACGACCAACCGAUGCGGCCGACUGCAAUUGAGCGCCAAGUCCUGAAGGGUAAUCGACCAAAUCGAUUCGAAGGCGUUCCGAACGACAUCCGGGCUCUGAUCGAGCGCUGCUGGCACCAGGAUCCCGCCCAGCGGCCCAAGUUUGUUGAUAUCCUGGCAAGUCUG